AGUUACAGAUACCACCAGAAAGUAGCUGCUGGGGGCGAAAUGCCACAGAACGUUGUUCUCCCGGGACCUGCACCUUGGGGCUUCAGGCUGGCAGGAGGGAUAGACUUUAACCAGCCAUUAAUCAUAUCCAGGAUUACACCAGGAAGCAAAGCUUCACAAGCCAAUUUGUGUCCUGGUGACAUCAUUAUAGCUAUUGAUGGCUAUGGCACAGAGAACAUGACUCACAAUGAUGCACAGGAGAGAAUUAAAGCCGCAUCACAUCAGCUCUGUCUGAAGAUUGAAAGGGCAGAAACGAAAUUGUGGUCUCCGCAAAUAUCAGAAGAUGGCAGGCCACAUCCAUUCAAAGUAAACUUGGAAGCUGAACCACAGGACAUGGGCUACUUUGAACACAAGCAUAAUAUUCGGCCCAAACCUUUCGUAGUCUCAGGCCCAAGCAGUGGAUGCAGUACUCCUUCCGGUAUUGACGGCGGCAGUGGACGUAGCACACCCUCUUCAGUUAGCACUGUUAGCACUAUCUGUCCUACUGAGUUGAAAGCUGCAGCUAAGAUGGCCCCCAACAUUCCCUUAGAAAUGGAGCUUCCUGGUGUCAAGAUUGUACAUGCUCAGUUUAACACACCUAUGCAGUUGUAUUCAGAUGACAAUAUUAUGGAAACACUGCAGGGGCAGGUUUCUACAGCACUGGGGGAAGCAACCCCAAUAAGUGACCCAGUACCAGCUGCAGUGCCCCAGUCUGAUGUUUAUAGGCUUCUACAUGAUGACCAGCAAGGACCUAGUCAACCACGUCAGUCCGGUUCCUUUAAGAUACUCCAGGACAUGGUCUCUGAUGAAUCUGAUGGGCGGCCCACUGGUACAAGAAGUGUGAGAGCGCCAGUAACAAAAGCGGCUGCCCCUGGGGGAAGUGUGCCAAAGGUGCCCUUGUGUGACAAGUGUGGAAAUGGAAUUGUUGGCCCAGUAGUAAAGGCACGUGAUAAGCACAGGCACCCCGAAUGUUUCGUGUGUUCCGACUGCAACCUCAACCUGAAGCAGAAAGGCUACUUCUUUGUGGAGGGGCAAUUAUACUGCGAAACCCAUGCACGGGCUCGCAUGAGGCCCCCGGAGGGAUAUGAAGCUGUCACCGUUUAUCCCAAGGCUUAACUGUUUGGAGACGCAAAUACCUGCAUGCACAUAUAAGACGAUAUCAGCUUACAGCAGCAAUACAACUAACUGCCUGAAUCCAACAUAUUACUCUUUAAAAAGGGGGAAGGGGGAACAGGAUGGAGAAGUUGGGAGAAGGAUGAUGUUUCUAGUAGACAAAUUGGUAUAGUUCUAAUAAUUUCCCAAGGCAUUAUCGCCACAACUGCCGGCGUACUCUGAUGGAGUACAAAGUUAAUAUGACACCUUGUACUAUAUAAAGUCAUAGCUGAGUACUUGUAUAUAGAUUAGUUACAUCUACCUACAGUGAGAGAACCAUAUUUUUGUCCAGAAUUUGCACAAAUACCCUACUGAAAAGGGACUCAAUCCACAAAUGUUCUAAACACCAAAGCCCUGAAAGCAAUCCUUUAGGCUGAAGGCACAUGUAGUAUAUAAAAAGAGCUCACUGUGCUGUAAACAUUGUUUGAGUUCUAUUUUUCUAUUGAUGUUUGGGUUGCAUCCAUUGUUACUCCUACUUAGAGCAGGCCUAUUGAAAUGAAUGGGACUUAAGCCAAUUAACAUUGGAUACCACCCAAAUUCUGAUAUUUGAGUUUGCCCCUCCCUAUUCACUUGCUCCUACCACCAUCGCCAUCUCCUCCAGCUUGCAAAGCUGCUAGGUACCUGAGAUGGACCUUGCAGCAGAGCUUUUAGUUUCCUAGCCAGAGGAAGAGAAUAAAGGUAAGCCAACAGGUUAGGGUAAUGCUCACAUAUUAUAGGAUUUAACUUUCCACAUCUCCCAACAUUAUAUGCUAACAUAUUACUUAUGAGAUGGGAAGAAUUAUUCCCAAUUUAAAUACACAAUUUCAGUGCUGUAGGUUCAUUGUCUCUACUGUCAUUGCCAUUAUGCUCUCUGACCUAAGCAAAUAAAUCUAUGAAAAUACCAGGA